CAAAUGGCGAACUAAGGAUGUGUAUUGUUGAUUGCUAGUUUAAAUUAGCACCCCGUAAUCGUGCAGCAAAUGCGAUGGAUCUCUUUUUUUACACGCUCGGUGACAAAAGGCAUCUCAGGAGCUCGCAUUGCAAACCAAUCUUUCAUUGCUCAUUUCUUUUCACAUCCGCUGUGGGCAACUAAGCGUUUUUUAAACUACAAAAACUGAAAAGAAGGAAAGAAAAAGAAAAAAAGUCUAUCUCAACGCAAUGUCAUUGGCAAGACGCCUCUUACAUCCACAUUAUGUUGCGAACGUGGCCCUUGCGGUAGCGUAUCCAGUCUAUCAGAUUAUUCAUCAUCCUGAGUACUUAUCAACCUUGAGCAUCGCAUCUUAUUCUCGCUACCUCCUGCCGGCGAUGGUCGUAUUUUUCAUCAAAGUGCAAGGGUCACAAUCAGCUGAAGAGCUUGUCAGUGUCAUGGCCCUUUAUAUCAAAGUAUAUUCACUCUAUGGCUUCUGGACUAUUGCCAAGGACCCUGCUAUACUCUGGGGAAUCUCCUGGAGUGGAUGGUGGAGAGUUUUCUUUUUCCUUUUGUCUUGGCUCGCUAUCUUCACCGUGCUACCUCAACCUCCUUACCAAGGUCCUUCAAAGAUCAUUUGGCUGGAUGCAUCCCAGUUAGAUCGCUUAACAAGGCCUAUUCUAUCAAAGUCAAAGGGUAUAGGGAAAUCAACAGCAAAAAUUGUAGAACUAGAUGAAGAGGGCGUCCCUGCAUAUAACGAUGAGGAAGAGCCAACUGUUCAAGAAUAUGGGCAGGAUCAAAAACUCAAAGACUCUGAAUUGGAUCCAAGUCAUUACUGGAUUAUAGCCUUUAACACCACAUGGAGCUCACCCUGCAGAUAUUUUGAAGCUGUGUUGGCGCGGUGCUCUAUCAAAUAUGAAAGAAAGAAUGUUCACUUUGCAAAGAUCGAUAUGGAUAUGGUUCCUGAGGGUGAUGAAAUCGCAGAACGCUUCAAGAUCAAUCUUGCAGCCACAACAUUGGAUUUACCUACGCUGAUCUUGUUCAAAGAUGGCAAGGCUUUAAAGCAACUGCCACUUAAAUUGGGGAUGAAGGUUGGAGGCGAUGUCCUAGGCAAAAUGGGGUGGGAUCGAUCUGAGAGUUCGGUGCUUAGUGCAUUUGAAUUGGACAAAUUAGGCACCGGGAAGGAGUCAUUUUCGGCAUUGAGUAAAUAAAUAUUUAGGAACCAAGACAGAC